CCAGCUACUUCCUUAAAUACUGCAAACACAGAAGCCUUUUCUUUCUUCCUCUCUGCCUGUUACUUCCCUGUUUUCAUACACACAGUAAAAACUACAAGCUCCAGUGCUGCUAGCACGACUUUCAAAUAUCGCAUUGUAUAGAAGUAACUAUUCACCAUGAAUCAGCUACCUGAGGACAUUAAGAACAUUAUAGCAGAGCUGGAAACAUUUCUAUCAGAUGUGUUAAAAGGAGAAACUUUAUCAAAGAGAGCAAAAGAUAAGAAAGACAGCCUGAUAAAGAAAAUUAAGGAUGUUAAACUGAACCACCCACAAGAUUUUAACGAUAAAGGAGAUUUCGAGGAUCUGGACGAGGAGGGAUUUCCUCGUCCUCCUGAUACUUGUUCUCUGGCCUCUGAUCGGGAUAAAGAUGAUGAGUUCUCCUCUGAGGGAAAUCAACCAGUGGCUGCUCAGGAUCUCGUGGUUACAAAGGCAGGAUAUCUGGAGAAGCGCAGGAAAGAUCACAACUUUUUUGCAUCUGAUUGGCAAAAGCGUUGGUGUGCAAUAAGCAAAUCCAUCUUCUACUAUUAUGGAGGUGACAAAGACAAACAGCAGAAAGGUGAAUUUUCUCUGGAAGGAUACAGCGCCAGAAUGAAUAAUACUCUCCGCAAGGAUGCAAAGAAAGAUUGCUGUUUUGAAAUCUUCGCUCCUGAUAAACGUGUCUAUCAGUUUGCAGCACCAACCCCCAAGGAGGCAGAAGAAUGGGUGAAUUCAAUUUUGUUUCUACAAGAUAGUGAUGGCACUGACUUGUAUGAUGAUGUAAACCAGCCAGAAACUUUUCCUCCUGUCUCAAAGACUAUUAGUCAUGAAGAGGAACCUGAAGAUAUUUAUGAAGUUCUACCAGAGGACAGUGAAAAUCCACCGAUCAUAACUGAGAUCCAAAAACCUCCCAAGGUACCCAUAAGCCAGACUCCUCCAAGCACUGCCUCAGGUAAAGAUACAGAAUAUGCUAAUUAUUACAGAGGAUUAUGGGACUGCAUGGCAGAUCAGCCUGAUGAACUGUCCUUUAAACAUGGUGAUGUCAUAUAUAUUCUCAGCAAGGAGUACAAUAGAUAUGGCUGGUGGGUAGGAGAAAUGAAGGGAACCAUUGGCCUGGUGCCUAAAGCGUACAUAAUGGAGAUGUAUGAUAUUUGAGAGGCCUGGGAACCGUCUUUUAUUAGGACCAUUGAAAGGGUAUCAUCU